CUAGGCUGCAGUGAAAGAGAAAAGGCGACGACGAAGGGUUCAAUUAGGGUUUUCUGCGAAUCGCAGCUUCUUCGAAAAAAACCGAGAGAUGAGCCGAAGCUUGGGGAUACCAGUGAAGCUUCUUCACGAGUCUUCGGGUCAUACAGUGACGGUGGAGCUGAAGAGCGGCGAGCUGUACAGAGGAAACCUGCUCGAGUGUGAGGAUAACUGGAACUGCCAGCUCGAGGACAUCACCUACACCGCCAAGGAUGGUAAGGUAUCACAGCUUGAGCAUGUCUUCAUCCGAGGCAGCAAAGUCAGGUUUAUAGUGAUACCAGACAUGCUGAAGAAUGCUCCAAUGUUCAACCGAGUAAAUGCUAAAAUCAAGGGAAAGAGCUCAAUAGGUGUAGGCAGAGGUAGACCUGCAAUGCGAGGCAGAGGUACUGGGCGUGGGACAGGAGGAAGGGGAGGCGCACCACCUGUGAGGAGAUAAGCUCUUCGUCUAUGAGACAAUUAUAUUCAGCAUUGAGGAGAAGCAGCCAUCUUCAGCUUUUCGUUUAUGCAUUUUGGGUACACAGUAA